AUGGAGGGAGAACGUGUUGAGGGACAGAAGGUCUUAAACUCUUGGGUGCAAUCUUGGCUUGGCUAUUGGAUUCAGUCACAGAACUAUCAUUUACGUUCUUUAAACGAUAGAGUGUGCAGAACCUUCAGAAUUCACCAUCAGGAUCCCAACAAAAUCUUCCGAUUGGCUGUGCUCGCAUUCCCGCCCUGGCAAAUAGGAUGGGAUGACCGAGGUGCUGUAUUAGAUAAGUGA